GGGGAACUGGGAACAGUAUAAUUACUCAAGCGAAUAUCUUGGCCGUCAACUUCCAACAGGUCAAUCGCGCUGCAUUCUUGCGUGCAUGGUUGUGAACAAGGUACGUGCCGUGGUGGAGGCGCCGUGCACCCCCUCAAAGGCGACAAGGCGUCUAGGAACCCGUGUGGGGGUCUCUGGGGUCUCUGGGGUCUCUCUCCCGAAAGCUACAGGAUUGUACCAGAGUCUAAAUGACUCGGACAUUGGGAUUAUGGGGAAUCUCUAUAUAAUCGUGUCUCUCUUCGACGUGUUCCCGACCGACUGAAUCAUCGCAUCUUUAUCACCAUACAACGAUGAGCUUCGGCGUUGGCAUCGGGGAUAUCAUCCUCCUCGGCACCCUGACCUGGAAGCUGUACAAGAACUGCAAAGAGUCGUCGGCGGAAUUCAACCGCAUAUCCAGCGAAGUCGCGUCGCUGCACGUCGUCAUCAAGGAGACCGAGGAGUACGUUAGUGAGACCGAAGGCCUCAGCCCGUCGCGGGAUGCAAGACUCACGAUUCUGAUCGAUGGGUGUAAGGAGGUACUUGCCGACCUGGAGAGCUUGCUGAAUAACUACAAGAGUCUGGGGACGCAGGCGCAGCGGUCGUGGGAUCGUGUGAGGUGGGGGUUGGAGGAGUUGGCGGAUGUGAGAUCGAGGAUUAUCUCGAAUACUAGUCUGCUUACUGCGUUUAAUAGCAGUCUGGCAAAUUCUUCAACCGCGAGGAUCGAAAAACGACUCAAUAAAUUCAUCGAAGAAGUCCGGGCCGGUCUUCGCGAGGGAUCCGUUGUUACAUCCUCGGGCGUCACGGAAUCCAUCGACACUGAGGAUGUAUGGCUCCUCCUGCGCCGCGAGCUGGAGGACGUAGGUAUAUCCGCCUCGGUCGUGGAAGAACACCACAUGUACAUCAGCAACUGGCUGAAGGCAGCAAUUUCAAACGGCAUGCUCGAGGAAAUGGAUAACAGCUCUCGACGGUCUGCGGUAGCUGGUUCUUUUGACUCGGGGUAUGCUGGUUCGAUUUCCAUUGGUGAGGCGUCUAUUGGCGGCACGUCAACUGCGCCGAGUCUGCCUUCUAUCACUGUUGCGAAUGAGGAGUUCGCGGCGGAAUUGUCGCGGCAUCCUUCGCGGAUCAACCCUGACAGCUCUACGGCGUAUAUUAGAACUGACCUCAGGGUUAGGAGGGCUUCGAGUGUGUCUUCUGUGCUGUUUAAGAUGUUCAAGAAGGAGACGGCGAUUAUUGAGGCGGCUAGCGAUGGAGAUAUUUCCAAAGUGGCCAAGCUGAUCAGCGCCGGCGCGAAUGUAAAUGCUAGGGAUCGAUGGGGUUUGUCCGCAUUGAGUAUGUGUGGGUACGGUGGUCAUGUUGAAAUCUGCCGCCUAUUGCUCGAUCGUGGUGCGGAUCUGAAUAAUAUGGAUGUAGACGGAGACACGCCGGAGAGCCUCGCGACAAAUAGAGGUCAUGCAAAUGUUGUGAUUAUGCUGGAAGAGGAGAGAGCUGCGAGGGAUUUGAAAGUGCGGGAAGCAGAUAGUGAUAAACCUCGAAGUGUGGAGGUAUGAUUUAAAGACAUUUUUUGGGCAGCGAGAUAGAGUUUAUUAUGGAGUUGAGGGGUUUUAAGGGAUAUAGACGGUACUGUUAGGAGUUUGCAAUUUACUUUGGAAAGGGCGCGUUGGUAAAAGGGAAGAGCGGGAGGAAGUUGGAAUAAGCUACGAGGCCGUUCCCGUGUAGAUCUCCAUAUUUAUUAGUUUGACAUAAAUGCACGCA